GGGCACCUUUUUUGACGCACGCAUGCGUUAUUAGUAAAACUCGUGUCAAAUAGGUUGCCUACUCAAAUUAAAUGUUCUUUCUUGUUAAUAUCUAGUAUUGUAAGAUCUAAAAAUAUGGGCCGGUACGCUCGUGAACCCGAAAAUGCUGCAAAAUCCUGCAAAGCCAGAGGAUCGAACUUGAGGGUUCAUUUUAAGAACACAUGUGAGACUGCUAACGCAAUUAGAAAAAUGCCCCUCAAACGGGCAGUAGCCUAUUUAAAAAAUGUUGUUGUUCAAAAGGAGUGCAUUCCCUUUAGGAGGUUUAAUGGUGGUGUAGGUCGAUGUGCUCAGGCUAAACAAUUUGGGACCACACAAGGUAGAUGGCCCAAAAAAUCUGCGGAGUUUCUUUUGCAACUCUUGAGAAACGCCGAAAGUAACGCAGAUUACAGUGGACUUGAUGUUGAUAGACUUGUAGUAGAACACAUCCAGGUAAACAGGGCUGCAUGUUUAAGACGCCGUACCUACAGAGCCCACGGUAGGAUCAAUCCGUAUAUGUCAUCACCAUGUCAUAUAGAACUUUGGUUAACUGAAGGUGAAUCCACCCCUGAAACACCUAAGAAGACUUCCAAAAAGAAGGCUGCUGUGGAUAAAACCAAAAGAUCUAAAGCUACAGCUGCUGUAGCACAUUAAACAAUAUACAAUUGCUAAAACUAUA